CGUAAAUGAACCGCAGAGUGUAUCCUUUCACUUAGCCCUGUGAGCAUCUAUCAGGUUAGCUUACUGUACAACUAUCGCCGUGAUACUAUAAUCGGAAAUUUAGACCAUGUUACCCCUAUCCUUGCUGAAGACUGCGCAGAACCACCCGAUGUUGGUGGAGUUGAAGAAUGGUGAGACGUACAACGGGCACUUGGUCAGUUGUGACAACUGGAUGAACAUCAACCUGAGAGAAGUCAUCUGCACCUCCAGGGAUGGUGACAAGUUCUGGAGGAUGCCGGAGUGCUACAUCAGGGGUAGCACCAUCAAGUACCUGCGGAUCCCCGACGAGAUCAUCGACAUGGUGAAGGAGGAGGUGCAGUCCAAGGGGCGUGGCCGCGGUGGCAUGCAGCAGAACAAGGGGCAGCAGGGCAAGGGCCGCGGGGGUGGAGCCGGACGAGGAGUGUUUGGAGGGCGUGGAAGGGGCAUGCCCGGCCUGGGACGCGGACAACAGCAGGACAAGAAACCAGGCGGCGGCAAGCCACAGGGCGUCAAGAACCAGCACUGAUAAGAAGACAUGGACACAGUCUACACACACACACACAUACACACACACACUGGCCUCUACUGGCCAGCUAUUUCCACACACCCCAUAACCUCUUGAAAACCAGAGCCAGCUUGAUCUUCUUUUCCUUAUCAUCCAUUUUGCUCUGCCCUCACAAACAAUAUCUCAAGGACAUUCGUUUAGCAUUGGGAUGGCUCUCUUUUCUGAAUCUGAAUCUGAACUGAAAAGACCCCUCUUCUGUUCUGCACAACUGAAUCAUUGUUUUUUGGGUUUUUUUGUAUGUUAAGGUCAACAGCGAUCACUGGAGACCUUAGUAGUGUUUGUUUUAUCUUUAUGAUUGUAGUAAAUCGAUUAUUGUUUUUUUCAGUUGACAGGACAGGAGAUGGAAUGAUUUUGUUUGUCUUUUUUUUAAGGAUCUUAAGUAUUGUUGAAUAAUGACAGUCUUGUGUUUUCAGUUAUUGAUGGAAAUUUUGAUGGAAAUAUGGUAAAAAGUCACAUUAUAAUUUAUUUACAAGGGCAAUGUAAAUAAAUAUUUUUGUUAACCUUUA